GCAAAGCCUCGAGCAAAGCCUCGAGCACAGCAUCAUAAAAAGGCCACAUUUACUCUUUCUAUACAUAAUAGCAGCAGAUAUAACUCAUGAUGCUUUGAGCUUUGCCACCCAUCGUUUUGAUAAGCAUUCAUUUUCACUUACCCUGCCAGCGUACUUUUCUCACAAUGCCGAGCCAUAUCCAUCUCGUGCUGCUUGCCUCUCUCUUAGGAGGAGUGUCGGCUGCCGGCUUGUACACUAAGAGCUCGCCUGUCCUCCAGGUGGACGCUAAAAAUUAUGACUCUCUAAUUGCAAAGUCAAACCAUACAUCUAUCGUAGAAUUCUACGCUCCAUGGUGCGGUCACUGUCAAAACUUGAAGCCAGCAUAUGAAAAGGUAGCGAAGAACCUUGAGGGUUUGGCUAAAGUAGCAGCAGUCAACUGUGACGAAGAGGAGAACAAGCCUCUCUGCGGACAAAUGGGUGUCCAGGGCUUCCCAACGCUGAAAAUCGUAGUGCCUGGCAAGAAACCCGGGAAACCACGUGUAGAGGACUACCAGGGCCAGAGAUCCGCGAAAGCUAUUGUGGACUCUGUGAUCGACAGAAUUCCCAAUCACGUUAAAAAGCUGACAGACAAGGAUUUUGACAGCUGGGUGACAGCAGACGAAUCCUCGAAGGCCGUACUUUUCACUGAGAAGGGAACAACCAGUGCCCUACUCCGCUCACUCGCUAUAGACUUUCUUGGUGGAAUCAAGAUUGGGCAGAUUCGGAGUAAAGAGUUGAAAGCGGUAGGAAAGUUUGACAUCACUUCAUUCCCAACGCUUGUCCUUCUCCCAGGCGGCGAGGUUGAUGCGGUGAUAUACGACGGUGAAAUGAAAAAGAAACCUAUGCUUCAAUUUCUUAGUCAAGCAGCGCAACCAAACCCUGACCCGGCCCCUUCAAGCCCUAAAAAGAAAAAGGCAAAUUCAUCAAAGACCUCUGGUGCGAAAACAUCGACAAUCGUGGAUAGUGAUGAACCUACUGAGUCACCCAAGCCAAAGGUCGAUAUACCCGAAGAGGAGAAGCCAGCGAUAAUUCCAGUCACUCCUCAACUUGAGGAGCUCUCUACACCUGAGGCUCUCGAAUCCAAAUGCCUUACUCCAAAGUCUAGCACUUGUAUCUUGACCCUACUUCCUAUCACUCAGUCGACGGACUCGGACCUUCCUGCUUCAGCGAAAGAGGCGCAAUCCGCCAUAUCAGAACUCUCGCACAAGCUGGCCGGUCGUCACCUUCCGUUUUAUAAUAUUCCGUCUAUUAAUUCUUACUCAAAGCAACUCCGUACCCAACUGGGCCUUUCAGAUGAGAGUGAAACGGAGAUCAUUGCUGUAAACGGCCGUCGUGGCUGGUGGCGCCAUUACACACCCAAUGAACAAGAUGGCUUUUCUCUCCACGCGGUCGAGAAUUGGGUUGAUGCUAUCAGACUGGGUGAAGGGACCAAAUCUAAGCUGCCUGACGGGGUCAUUGUUAAAGUGGACAGGGACGAGCCCGAAGAAGUCAAGGAUGAGACAGCAUCCAAAGGGCCGGAACCGCAUAAUGAACUAUAGGAUAUCAGUCAACAGUUGAAUUUUUUUGUACGAUACUCCACUAAAAAAAUGAAAUAAGCGGAGUAGACUUUAGGAUCUUGUGGCUGUUUACAUAUCUCCAGGUGUUAUCGAUGACUUCAAAUGUUGCAACAUCGAUAUAAUUUAGAUAUAUGGUGCUAUCAAAACAAGCAAAAUAGGACUAUCAAAAUAUGCACAUGAAUUUUGAACAC